UCUAUAUUAGGCGGUCGCCUGGUUCCUUACUGUUAUUACGGCGCCUCCUCUACGAGCCGGGUGGUUGUUUAGUGUGCCAUGGAAGGCAUUGUUCAAGAUAUAACAGUUGGUACAAAGCGGGGAUCUGACGAACUUUUCUCUUGUGUUACUAACGGACCCUUUAUCAUGAGCAACGCUACCGCAGCUAAUGGAAAUGAUAGCAAAAAAUUCAAAGGGGAUAGCAGAAGUGUUGCAGUCGGUUCUAGAGUGAUCCAUGUCCGUAAGCUUCCAGGUGAUGUGACAGAGGCAGAAGUAAUCUCUCUUGGGCUGCCGUUUGGAAAAGUUACCAAUCUUUUGAUGUUGAAAGGCAAAAACCAGGCCUUUCUUGAAAUGAACACUGAGGAAGCUGCUAACACUAUGAUUAACUAUUACACCAAUGUUGCCCCAGUUCUUCGAAGCCAGCCCAUCUACAUCCAGUACUCCAACCACAAAGAGCUGAAGACUGACAACUCUCCCAACCAGGCUAGAGCUCAAGCAGCACUGCAGGCAGUGAAUUCUGUAGUGUCUGGCACCACUGCACUAUCUGCUUCUGCUGCUGCAGUGGAUGCUGGCAUGGCCAUGUCAGGACAGAGCCCUGUUCUUAGGAUUAUUGUAGAAAAUCUGUUCUACCCUGUCACACUUGAUGUUCUUCAGCAGAUCUUCUCAAAAUUUGGAACGGUGCUGAAAAUCAUCACUUUCACAAAAAACAAUCAGUUUCAGGCGCUUCUGCAGUAUGGUGAUCCAGUGAGUGCCCAGCAUGCUAAACUGUCUCUAGAUGGACAAAACAUUUACAAUGCCUGUUGUACCCUUCGCAUUGACUUCUCAAAACUAACCAGCCUUAAUGUAAAGUACAAUAAUGACAAGAGUCGGGACUACACGCGCCCUGACCUGCCCUCUGGGGAUGGGCAACCUUCUCUGGAUCAAACCAUUGCAGCCUUUGGAGCUCCAGGGCUGAUUUCUGCCAAUCCUUAUGCUAGUGCUGGAUUCCCUCCAGCCUUUGCAAUUCCUCAAGGUGUCCAUGGAACUCUAGCUCCUCUGGCUCUACCAUCAGCAGCUGCUGCUGCAGCAGCAGCCGCAGCAGGCAGACUUGGCAUUCCUGGACUUGGCAUCCCUGGAAACUCUGUCCUGCUAGUUAGCAACUUAAAUCCAGAGAGAGUUACACCCCAAUGCCUCUUUAUUCUUUUCGGAGUGUAUGGUGAUGUGCAUAGAGUGAAGAUACUCUUUAACAAGAAAGAGAAUGCACUUGUACAGAUGGCAGAUGGCAACCAAGCUCAACUUGCAAUGAGCCAUCUAAAUGGUCAGCGACUCCAUGGAAAGCCUCUUCGUAUAACUGUAUCAAAGCAUCAGACAGUUCAGCUGCCACGAGAAGGACAGGAAGACCAGGGCUUGACAAAAGACUACAGUACCUCUCCUCUGCACCGCUUUAAGAAACCAGGCUCUAAAAACUUCCAGAAUAUUUUCCCUCCUUCUGCCACACUGCACCUCUCAAACAUUCCACCAUCGGUGUCUGAAGAAGAUCUAAAGAUGCUGUUUUCGAAUAAUGGAUACACAGUAAAAGGAUUCAAAUUUUUCCAGAAAGACCGGAAAAUGGCUCUCAUCCAAAUGGGUUCUGUUGAAGAGGCCAUAGAAUCAUUGAUUGAAUUGCACAACCAUGAUAUGGGAGAGAACCAUCACCUACGAGUGUCCUUUUCCAAAUCCACAAUUUAAAAGUAUAUGGCAGAGGAGAAAGAAGGACUCUAAAAGCCUGAGGAGAGUGAGCUCUGAUAUCAGAAAUCAUUCCCAAGGGGUCACUUCCAUCAUUCCAGAUAAAAGCCACUUUAUGGAUGAGAAAUGCAACUAAAGUGUCCUUGCAUACCAGAUUUUGUUUUACAAUAUUUUUUUUUUUUUUUUUUUUAAUUCACUGUUUUUAGAUGGUGACAAUAUGGGGGGCAAUAAGGAUUUGUCCCAAGUAUGUCCAAGCCCAAUGCAGGAGACUUUAUAUUAAGCAAGUCUACAUAUAAGGACCAAGUAUUUAUAUUCCCCUUACAGUGCUCUUGUGUAGUGUAGGUGUUUGGGUCUGCUAGAAAUUUAUUUAGAAGCUUGUACCAUGUAACAGGCUUUUGAAGGAGGGCUUUUGUAUUCCAUCUUGAUCUAGAAGAGCAUUAAUUUGGCUGCACUGCAUAGUGCUACAGGCAGUCAAGGUGUUACUGGGAAAGGAGCAUGGUCUUUAUUCCUGGAGACUUAAGUAUGCUUAAACGUACAGGUGUAUAAUCUAAUGGCUUUACACUUUACAUUUUGUCUUAACUAAACAAUGCUUUGUUUCUUCAAUUUUGACCAAAUAUUUUCUUACUGUUUCAAGAAGAUAUUUUAUUGAAAAUAAGUAAGUGUAACUCCUUUCAGCUUGUGGAUACAAUUUGAUACAAUUUGAAUUUGGUGCCAGUGCAGGUUUGUUAUGCACAUGAAUAACUAUGGGACACCAUUGUUAUAUCUGACAGGAUAAAGAAAACAAAUAUAAAUUGACCUAUAAUGAAUGUGCCCCUAAAGGUUCUGAAAUUGGAUUUUCCUUUUUGAGGACUCUGUGUAAUGCUCAUUUAAUCCAACUUUGCUUUUCCUAUGGGCACCACACUGCCUUCAGUCUUACCUAAAUAUGCCUUAAUACAUCACCCUACUUGGGUGUAUAAUUUGGGACCAAAUCACUUCAAAGAAAUAGACUGUGCCGUUUUUAACACUGCUUAUCAUUCCAUUAGGUGGGUCUGGGUCACUGACCAGAUAUGCACAUUGUUUGGCACUUAAUGUUUGGGUAUCCCAGCAUCACCCGAGGGAGUGACAAACUUUAAAUAUUUAUAAAUGGCAAAGACUGGGUUGGCAUUCAGUGAAGAAUGUAAACUUCUUUGCUGGAUUAUGAACUGGAACAUAUUUAAUAAAAGCUCCAUUUGUCAUUUUUGGGCAAACUCUUCACCUGCCUUGUUAAUUCAUUACCUCAGGGGUAUGAAAUUUAGAAUACUUAUGUCCCGGAUGCAGCAACUAACAUAAUGGCUCAAUUUCUGGACAAAGCCUUAAAGCGCCAGCCCAGUGUGUUAAGUGCCUUAAUGCAACAUUCUAAAGUAUGUAUUGAAUAUUGCUGUAUAAUUUCAUUUGCCAUUCCCAGUCCCACUUGGUUGUUUCAUGAACUAUUUUUCUGCAAAGGAUUUCUGCAGAGAUGCCUUUUUUUCCCCAAACUUUAGUCCUCAUGUACUUUUGCCAAAUUUUACAUAACUGCUAGAGCAGUGUUGGUAAAAUCACUGGCAAUCUUUUUUUUAAAUGUACUGAGGCUGCAAUCUGAGACACUGAUUUAAUUGAUAGCAAGGAUGCGGAUGUGCCUCUCUAUACUGUGCAUUUCACUCUGUAUACAAAACUGUAAAUAAAUGUAGCUUUUAUAUACCUGUUCAAUUACAAAGCUGAAACAGUAUAUUUUGUGGUAAACUGUAUAUUUUGAUAACCUUUCAGAGAUCCAGUAUUGCAGGAUGCAGAUAUGACCAACAGCUAAAGAAAGCCAUUACCUCUAAUCAAAUAUUUGUAUGAAAGACAUUAAAACUAUUUUAUAAGAAACCUUUAUACUCUCUAGAUGUUUGUUCAAUCAAACUGUAGCAAUCGGCCACUAUGUAUUUGGGCUUAUAAAUAAAAUUCUUUAUUUCUUUUUUUCCUA